UUUUUUUCACUUCGUCCAGAUGGGUGCCCUCAAGUACGUGGAAGAGAUCCAGAAGAAGAAGCAGUCCGACGUGAUUCGCUUCCUGCUGCGUGUCCGUUGCUGGGAGCUCCGUCAACUGAACGCUAUCCACCGUGCUUCCCGUCCUUCUCGCCCCGACAAGGCUCGUCGUCUCGGCUACAAGGCCAAGCAGGGCUAUGUUGUCUACCGUAUCCGCGUGAGACGCGGUGGCCGCAAGCGCCCCGUCCCCAAGGGUGCCACCUACGGCAAGCCCACCAACCAGGGUGUCAACCAGCUCAAGUACCAGCGCGCUCUCCGUGCUACCGCUGAGGAGCGUGUUGGCCGCCGCUGCGCCAACCUGCGUGUCCUGAACUCCUACUGGAUCAACCAGGACUCCACCUACAAGUACUUCGAGGUCAUCCUCGUCGACCCCCAGCACAAGGCCAUCCGCCGCGAUGCCCGCAUCAACUGGAUCUGUAACCCCGUCCACAAGCACCGCGAGUCCCGUGGUCUCACCUCCACCGGCAAGAAGUCCCGUGGUAUCAACAAGGGCCACCGCUACAACAACACCAAGGCCGGCCGUCGCCACACCUGGAAGCUCCAGAACACCCAGAGCUACUGGCGCUACCGCUAGAUGUAGCCCGGGGGCUACUGAGCGGGGGUGUAGGUUCUGGUGGUGGAAAACGCAUAGGCUCGUGGAUGUUGUGUCUAUUAAAAUCGUUCCUCUCGUGUGCAGGUCUAUCAUGAAUAUGAACUGUCUUGGGGCGAGUAUAAUGCAACAGAUCUUCAUGGUCGGAUGUUAGCAAAAAUUCUUUCUUCU